CUAGUAGACUGUUCUAACGCAUGCGCUUGCAUGAAUUUCGCCAUCUUGAACAUUUGGGGUCAGUGAGGGGAAGUUACGUUUUUCUGGCGAAUUUCUUACGAAUUUUCCGGGCAUGGCGAACAUCGCAGUUGCCAGAAUAAAAAGAGAGUUCAAGGAAGUCGUCAAAAGUGAAGAGGCUGCUAAAUGUAACAUCAGAGUAGAGCUCAUCGAUGAUAACUUUACUGAACUGCGAGGGGAGAUAGCAGGACCACCAGAGACCCCAUAUGAAGGUGGUAAAUUUCUGUUGGAGAUAAAGAUACCUGAAACAUAUCCCUUCAACCCUCCUAAGGUGAAGUUUAUGACUAAGAUCUGGCACCCCAAUAUCAGCUCUGUGACUGGUGCCAUCUGUCUGGACAUUCUGAAGGACCAGUGGGCAGCGGCUAUGACCUUGAGAACAGUGCUGCUGUCCCUUCAGGCCCUGCUGUCCGCAGCUGAACCAGACGACCCUCAGGACGCUGUGGUGGCCAAACAGUACAAGGAAAAUAGACCUCUGUGGGAAAAGACAGCCAGGCACUGGGCACAAGAAUAUGCUGAAGCCCCUAAAAGUAAAAAAGACGAGGAGUUCUAUGACAAAGUAUCUCAACUAGUAGAGAUGGGGUUUGACCGGCACAGAGCAUUGACAGCCUUGUCUGCACAUGAAUGGAACAUAGAGAGAGCCACACAAGACCUCAUCAGUUAAUCCACACCCAUCUCUGUAGCUCAUCACCACAGUUUUUAGGAACUGCCAAUCACCUGGAUCCAACCAAUCAUCACUCACCAUGCAAAUUAAGUUUGUGGGAGGAGUCAGCUGUAUGGGCCCCAGCUAUAUUUAAAGGCAUCCAAAGCAAUUUUAGGGCAGCAAAACAAAAAAUAUUCAGGAUCCACUCUCAGAUGAGGAAAUCUGUCCAGUUUUUGCUGCCAUUUCUUAGCACAUUUGAUACAUGUACUUGAAGCGUUUGAAAUGGCCAAAAAAUAAGCUACGUGAGGAGUCCCUUUAUCUUUAGGUACCGCCCAUAAAUAGCUAGAACCAGCCUAUAAUGCAAAACAACCAACAGUUUACUGUCAGCGACAUGGAAUUUUUGCUCACAGAUAUCAGUAUGCUAGGUAGUACAAAAUUAAUGUAUGAUAGGACUUGAUUCAACUUUCUACAUUAAAAGAAUGACCAGAAAAUUGACCUUGAAAAUCCAGCUUUGCUGCUUUGAAGUUGCAUUGGAGGCCUUCAAGUUACAAAUGUAUGGCUGCCUUCCCUGCAGUAUUAUGAAGACCUGCUAGGUGUACAUACACAAACUUUGAUUUGUUAGAAAACAAUGAAACUGAAGUCUAAGUUGACUGUAAAUAGAUUUCGUCCCAGCAUCUUUGCCUGAGAUAACGUCAUAUUUCGUGUCCAAAGAAAUGCCGCUUAUAAAUUUGAGAUUCGACACAAGUUUGAUAUGAUGCUCAGUGGUAUAGAAGGAAGUAAAAAAAAA